GCUGGUCAAACAACCCCCCCACCUCCCUGUCCUCCUGAGAUACAGCAGGUAGUUGACCAGUAUACUGAUCUGAUGCAGGAGCCCUUUGGGUUACCCAACCGGCCAACCAAGCAUCACAUUGAGCUGCUGCCUGGAGCGGUCCCUCCCAAGGGCCGCAUCUACAGGAUGUCCCCUGCUGAGCUUGAGGAGCUCAGACGUCAGCUUGAGACCCUGACCAGCAAGGGCUGGAUCAGGCCCAGCACUUCUAAAUUCGGCGCUCCAGUCCUCUUUGUUCCAAAAGGGAGUGGCGAGUUCAGAAUGUGCAUCGAUUACAGGGGUCUCAACAAAAUCACUAGGAAGAGUACAGAGCCACUUCCUAGGAUUGAUGACCUUUUGGAUAUGGUCCAGGGGUGCACUAUCUUCAGCAAAGUCGACCUCAAAUCUGGUUACCACCAGAUUGAGAUGGCAGAGGAGGACGUCCACAAGACGACCUUCAAAACCAGAUAUGGUACUUAUGAGUAUCUGGUUAUGCCAUUUGGACUUUGCAAUGCACCUGGCACAUUCCAGACAGAGAUGCACCGCAUCUUUAGGCUUUACCUGGAUAAGUUUAUGGUUGUCUACCUGGAUGAUAUCCUGGAUGAUGGGAAUGGUCUGAGACCUGUUGAAUUCAUGAGUAAGAAGAUCAAGACUCAGAAGCUUCAGGACUCCACCUACGAGAAAGAGCUUUAUGCUCUUGUUAGUGCCCUGAAACAUUGGAAGCACUUUCUCCAGGGCAGGCACUUCAAGAUCUUUUCUGAUCAUUCCACUUUGCAGUGGUUGAAGUCCCAGGGAGAGUUGAAUGACAAGUUGGCACACUACAUUCAGCUCAUCGAUCUGUUUGACUUUGAACUGAAACACAAGAAGGGCUGCUACAAUAAGGUAGCUGAUGCCCUCUCUCGUAGGCCUGAUUCUUUUACGCUGAUCUCCUCUACUCACUCCUUUGGAGAGGAGGUCCGUCAGACCAUUACUCGCCUACUGCCUCAGGAUCCGACUUAUGGACCCAUCGUCAGGAAUCUGCAAGCAGAUCCCAAUUCUGAACCUGGCUAUGCUAUGAGUUCAGAUCUGCUGUACACUUACGGCAUAGGAGAGGAGCGUUUAUGUAUUCCUGAGGAUCAGCAGCUGAGGACACUGCUGAUGUCAGAGUGUCACGAUGCACGUGGACACUUUGGGUUCUUAAAGUCGUAUGCAGCCCUGUCGCAGCGCUUCUUCUGGAAGGAGAUGCGGAGUGAUAUGCUGCACUAUGUGGAAACCUGUGAGCUAUGUCAGACGAACAAGGUUCAGCGUAAGCCUCCUCUGGAACUGCUCAAACCCUUGCCCAUACCUGAUGGUCCUGCACAAUCUGUAUCCAUUGAUUUCACAGACUUAGGCAAGACCACCCCUCGUGGCAUGUGUCAGGUCAUGGUCUGCGUUGACAGGUUCUCCAAAUACGCAGAGUUCAUCCCCUUACCAGAGGUGGCGAGGGUCCCGGCUGUGCGAACAACCUUUUCUGAGAGGUGGGUCACACACCAUGGACCGCCCACUUCUAUUGUUAGCGAUCGAGAUCCCCGAUUCUGCAGCGAUGAGUGGCAGUCCUACUGCAAGGACUACCUACACUCUCGACUGGACAUGACCUCCGGGAGUCAUCCUGAAGCCAAUGGACAGGCUGAAGUGAUGAACCAGGUUUUAUUCCAGUUGCUGCGUCCUGUCAUCUCACCAGAUCAACAUGACUGGGACCUCCAUCUCGCUCGUGCACAGCUCGUGUAUAACAUGUCUGUCCACUCCUCGACUGGGUUCAGUCCCUAUCGACUACACAGGGGGCGAGAGCCACGUCAGCCUCUCGAUGAUAUCAUUGACAAGGCUAAGACAGACCUGACCCCAGGCACUGCUGAGUUCACCAGACGCUAUCGUCUAGAUGUGGAAAGAGCUCGGGCGAACUUGUUCAAAGCCCAAAAGGCUAUGAUUGAACAAGAUAAUCGCCAUCGCAGACCUUCCCCCAUCCGCACUGGUGACUAUGUCUGGGUGGCCAGUUCCGAGUUAUCGAGAGAGGAGGACAUUUCUCCUAAGCUGUUGCCACGAUAUCUGGGUCCGUGGCAGUCCGAGCUGGCGAAUAUGCAGCAGGCCAUGCGAAACCACAAGGCUCAGCAUGAGGAUGCAGCACGGGCACUUGAUUCCCGUAUGCAGGACUUGGAGCAAGUUGCACCAAGACCGGAGGCUGGCGAGUCCAGCAAUGCACCCUCUGCCCGCCAACUGGAGCAACGCGUCGACCACGUCGUCGCAAUGCUCGGCGACAUCAGCACCUUCGUUGCGCCAACCACCAUCAGCAAACAGAUGGAUACAUUGAAGACUGAGGUUCAACAACUGCAGCUGCCUAACAAGGAUGGCAAUAGCACAACGCAUUAUAAGAUGCCGACAUUCCAAAUUGAGAAGUUCGAUGACUACACGCAUCAAGACCCGGUCCUCUGGUGGGAAGGCUUUUCGAUGCAACUGCGGAUUCUGUCCGUCGCCAAGCACGCGUACAUCGGCGCCCUGUUUCUCAACUCAAAGGGCGGAUGCCAGACCUGGUUAAGCCACCUGGCAUCCACCCACGGCGUCGACGUCGCAGAUCUGAAAGACAAGAUCUCAUGGGAAGAGUUAACACGGCUAUGGAAGAAGCGGUUCAUCGUGGACGACGCACCUGCACUCGCCAUCAACCGUCUCUUCGACAUGACACAAGGCAACACAGCAACACGUGACUGGCUCACGAAAUGGUCAUGUGUUGCAUUGAGCCUUGCACUUGGUGAUCACGAGCAAUAUGCAACCUUCGCUGAAAUCAUUGACAAGGCGAGGGAGAUCAUCAAGACCAACAGGGCGGCUGCACACGAGAAGUCAACAUGGCAGCCAACCUAUGUGGAGAAGGUGAGAACUGGUCCGCGACCGCAGCAUGUCGCUGCAGUCCAAUCGGACAACAUUGUGGAAGACCCGGCAGCCACCCAAGCGUCACGUGAGGGAGAUCAGGUGGCUGCUGUCCAGCCGCGAAGCAACAACAAAUCCCGAGGAAACAAGAAUGCGAAAACCGCAUUGCCGGCCGGAAACGGACAGCCAACACCAUGGGUCAAGUUUAACUUGACCGAGGCCGAGUACAAGUACCGCGGCCGAGGUGAGGUGACUCCACCUCUCACUCCGCCAGAUUCGGCCGCCUUGCUAGCGGCCUCCUACACAUCUGGGGAGGAUGCGCAUGUCGCAAGUCCUCGGUUCACUUACGAGGAUUUCAUCCCCGGGGUUUUAUCCCCAUCGGCAACCGAUUCGGCAGCUUCGCCGUCAUCUACCGCCGGGGAUUCAACGUCAUGGUCAAGACUUGAAGAGCUCGACCCGUUGACUUUUGCAAACGUCCAAUUGAUGCCCCUUCCCCGGUCCGGUCGAUUGUCGAAACCGCAUUGCAACGUGCUCAUGGCACAAUUGCGGAAUUACUUGCACACUGCAGUACCAACUCCGUUAAUGGACACCGGAGUAGAGGUUGUCGACCUUCACGCCUACAUUGUGAAGAUCGACCGCGAGUUCAAGACACAACGGUACGACGAUAUCGGCGCACCAUUGUUAUAUAUACGCAUUCAGAUCGGAGAGGCGACCUGCAGCGCUUUGAUUGAUUGCGGAGCAUCUCGCAACUACAUGAGCGAGGACUUUAUGGUACGCGCCGGCCUUGGCCCACGCGUCCGGAGAAAGUCCCAACCGACGCAAGUCACAUUGGCGGACGGUCACACGCACAAGUCAAUGGACCGGUGCAUUGAUGACGUCCCCGCGUACUUUGUCCCGCACGCGAGCGAGGCGGUGUCCUUCGAUAUUUUGGACACCGAAUUCGACAUGAUCUUGGGCAUGUCAUGGCUGCGAAGCGAGGAUCACCUGGUGAACUUCUACCGCCGCACCGUUCACGUUCGUGAUCGGAACAGAGUAAUAGUCCCAUGCACGGUAGCUCCUCCUCACCCUUCAAUCAACUGUCACGUGGUGUCCGCCGCAAGCAUGCGAGCUUCCAUCAUCAGAGACGACAUCAAGGAGAUGGGGGUGUGUUUUCUCCACGCCCUCCCGCCCCAUGACGCUUCAUCGACGGACUCAUCUUCGGACCCACGCAUCACCGAGCUUCUCGACGCCUACGGCGACGUGUUCGAAGGCCCGCACAGAGUAGUACCGGAUCGGCCCAUCCGCCACGAGAUCAUCCCCGAGGACAGGGUCGUACCUCCGCGCGGUUGCAUCUACCAAAUGAGCGAGGAAGAGUUAAGUGUGCUUCAAGCACAACUCGACGACCUUCUGGAGAAAGGCUGGAUUCGGCCUAGCUCAUCGCCAUAUGGUGCUCCUGUUCUCUUCGUCCGGAAGAAGAACAAGGAUUUGCAGUUGUGCAUCGAUUAUCGCAAGCUCAACGCGCAAACGAUCAGAAACGCCGACCCUCUACCACGCAUCGACGACCUUCUCGAACGAUUGGGCGGCGCCAAGUUCUUCUCCAAGCUGGACCUCAAGUCGGGAUAUCACCAACUUGAGAUUCGGAAGGAGGACCGCUACAAGACCGCGUUUAAGUCGCGAUAUGGACAUUUCGAAUGGCUGGUUAUGCCAUUUGGCCUUACGAAUGCCCCGACCACUUUCCAAGCGGCUAUGACAACGGAGUUCCGACACAUGCUGGAUCGAUUCGUACUUAUCUACCUCGACGACAUCCUGGUGUACAGUCGGAGUUUGGACGAGCAUGUGGAACACCUACGCACCAUUUUGGAGCGGCUACGACAAGCCAAGUACAAAGCCAACCGCGACAAAUGCGAAUUCGCGCGGCAGGAGAUGCCUCCCAUCAACUCGCUUGAUGAUGCAAGGAAGAAGGAGCUGCUCGCGUUCGUGAUGGCUCUCAAGCGAUGGUGGAAGUUCCUCCUUGGGCGUCGUAGGUUCACAUGGGUUAUGAACAACAACCCAUUGACUUACUACAAGACGCAGGAUACGGUGAGCAGCACGAUCGGACGAUGGCUGUACUUCAUCGACCAAUUUGACUUCACACCAAAACAUCUUCCCGGCCUCUCCAAUCGCGCAGCAGAUGCAUUCUCGCGAAGACCCGAUCUUUGCGCUAUGACACAUCAUGCCUUCGCAUUCUACGAGGAACUUCAGCGACACUUCAUCCGGGGAUAUGAGUCGGAUCCGGACUUUGCCACGUUGUAUGCGCAGCUAUCUUCGGAUCACCCGCCGGCCAGCCACUAUCGCAUUGCCGACGGGUACUUGCUCCUCCACUCGAGAGGCAAGGACUUAUUGUGUGUCCCACGAGACCGUCGUCUUCGGACUCGCCUUCUCGAUGAGUAUCAUGACUCGCGACUCGCCGGCCAUUUCGGAGUCAACCGCACCAUUGCACGGCUUCGACAACGAUUCCGAUGGCCCGACCUCAUUACCGAUGUCACUCGGUAUUGCGACUCUUGCGAAGUUUGCCGAUGAAGCAAGCCCCGCGAUCGCAACCCCUACG